UGCACCCCUUCCCAGAUGUCAUUUAAGGCCUGGCGGUGGAAGCAAGGGCAUCUCUUGCUACAGAUCUAUGCUUACCUGAGGCCUUCCAAAGGCCUCGAAGGACACAGGACGCCUGACAGAAUGGAUGAGCAGUCACAAGGCAUGCAGGGGCCCACAGCUCCGCCAUUUCAGCCACAGAAAGCCUUGCGACCUGAUAUGGGCUAUAAUACACUUGCCAAUUUCCGAAUAGAGAAAAAGAUUGGCCGUGGCCAGUUUAGUGAAGUUUACAGAGCAACCUGCCUGUUGGAUGGGGUACCAGUAGCACUAAAGAAGGUUCAGAUAUUUGAUUUAAUGGAUGCCAAAGCCCGUGCUGACUGCAUCAAAGAAAUAGAUCUUCUAAAGCAACUGAAUCAUCCAAAUGUAAUUAAGUACUAUGCAUCAUUCAUUGAAGACAACGAACUGAACAUAGUGUUGGAAUUAGCUGAUGCUGGGGAUCUCUCAAGAAUGAUAAAGGUUUCUGUAGUUGGAGACAGUGUGCUCUUUGUCCUUGACCAAAGAAAUGGCUGGGUCACAGCAGCCAAGGUGGUGACGUUCCUCCAUGGAGAGCUGCACAGACCUCUUGCAUCUCCUAGUGCUGACAGCAUUGCGUACCAACUGAGUGAAUGA